AUGGGGGUGUUGUGGGGAGGGGAAAUCUACUGCAUCUAUCGCAACGUUGAAGCAAACGGGUUGCUCACACAGGAGUUGUGUGGACCGGACAGGCCCGACUUAUGCGCGACCACGGAGACGACCGUUGUUGCGACCGCCGCGCCUUGCAGUAGCGGCGGCGACGCCGCCAACAGCAGCAACGACGGCGGCUGCGACUCGAGGUCGAGCGACGUCCCUCCGCGUCCCACCGCGAGCGUGGUGGACAUUCAGUCGAACACCGUGCUCGACAUACCCCUGGGAGACGCGCCGGGCGACUUCUGGAACCUGUCCGGCAUAUCGGGCCUGCCCCAGAUCCUGGACCUUCCGGUGCCUCGCAAGGUUGUGGUCCUAGAGGACGCGCGCUACGCCUGGCGCGCUUCUAAGUGGUCCAAGUGCUCCCGCGUGUGCGAAGGCGGGGAGCGGCACCGGAGAGUCAAGUGUGUGGACAAGGUGACGCAGAAGGAGGUUCCCCAGAAGUCAUGCUACCUCCACACUCAGCACCUAAAGCCCCCGGAAAAGUCCACGUGCAACAUCGACCCGUGCGUGCAGUGGCAAACUACGGAAUGGUCGAGGUGUUCAGUAAAGUGCGGGCCGGGCACCCGACAACGCGAAGUGAGCUGUCCGCUGCGCGACCGGUGCGACCCGGCCCGAAGACCUUCCAACACGAGCGCCUGCAACCGGGGUUCGUGCCACGACUCAAUACCCGGUUCUUCGACGCGACUGGUACCAUGAUAGCGAUCGACGGCGUACGGACCCCCCCGUGCCGGGACUUCUCUGUGACCCGCUUGUCCCACCUUCGCCUUCGGGCGUUCGCCCCCCACCACGGGCCGUUGCGUCGCCGUGUCGUCGUUUUUUUUUUUCAAGUUGAUCAGUCGGAUUGUUGUGGAAAGCCGUCCGCGCGCCGCCGUUGGUACUAAGCGCCAGCGUGUUGACACCAGAUGCGUAUACUGUGGCGCGUCUCCCUCUACUUUCUCCAGUAGCGCACCGAUUUCCCCGUUUCUUUUAUAGAUACUGUAACAUUACACAAACCAAGUGUGUGCAGGCUCCUUUUGCAAUGCGUGAGUCCGUACGGUGAGUUUCCAAGGGGUCAUGAACCCUUUGUAAGUAUACGAUGACCGUUCUUCCUUCAGGCUCCCCCCUUGUACAAUUUAAUCAGAAAGAUUACGUGUCUCAAAAUGCGUCACAAGCGCACAUUAUAGUGCUCACCAAGCCCCCCCCCCCCCCUCCCCCCUUCCGUCGCAUCGUAACCGUUUCCUCAUCGUGGUUAUAAUCAUGAUCCAUAUCUCACCAAAUCCCUUUUCAUGUGCAUCCUCUUUACGAUCAAAGACACACCACCAAUGCCAAAUAGUAUUGCGCCUGGCAAUAUGGGGCUUCGCGAUCCCCCCUACACCCGACUGUCCACCAAAGGAGCCACCGUCCCUCUUGUACCGGGUAGUGGACAUUAUUGUGCAUGGUACGGCGAAGUACAUACCUUGUACCUGUGUCUCCUUUUGAAGCGUUCAAUCAAUGUUUGUUGCUGCGUCGCAGUUACUUUUUUUUUUUUCGAAGUUAUAGCGUACGACUUGACGACGAAGAAAAUACGUCGCAUGUGCGACGGAUAUGAUCGAGAGCGCCCGUAGUGCGUUUACCUCCCUUUGUAUAUUUAUAUAUAAAAAUGGCAACGUUUCUCGA